UGAGUUCUUCAUGCCGGGAAUGGUGGACACCCACAUCCAUGCAUCCCAGUACAGCUACGCGGGCACAGCCCUGGACAUGCCCUUACUGCAGUGGCUCAGUACUUACACCUUUCCUGUGGAGGCAUGUUUCAAGGACUUAGAGUUCGCCCACAGGGUCUACACUCAAGUAGUGAAAAGGACCCUGAGAAACGGAACAACCACUGCAUGUUACUUUGCUACCAUACAUACAGAUGCCUCUCUCCUGCUGGGAAAGAUUGCAAAUGGCUUUGGGCAGCGUGCAUUGGUGGGCAAGGUGUGCAUGGACAGAAACAAUUCUGCGAGAGAUUACAGUGAGACCAAUCAGGAAUCCCAAGAGGAGACUUGCCGGUUCAUUGCAGAGCUCUUGAGCAAAAAGUACCCUCUCGUGAAGCCGGUGGUGACCCCCCGCUUCGCUCCAACCUGCACAGGAGCCUUGCUAGGACAGCUGGGAGCAAUUGCUAAGAAUAACAACCUGCACAUUCAGAGUCAUAUCAGUGAAAACAUCGAGGAAAUGAAGCUUGUAAAGAAGCUGUUCCCUGAAUCCGAGUCUUACACAGACGUCUAUUACAAACACAACCUGCUUACUGACAAGACGGUGAUGGCCCACGGCUGCUACCUCAGUGAUGAAGAGUUGGCUCUGUUCAGAGAGACAGGAGCAUCUUUGUCUCACUGUCCCAAUUCAAACAUAUCGUUGUGCAGUGGAUUGUUGAACGUCCGCAACGUCCUCAAUCACAAAGUGAAGCUGGGCCUGGGAACAGACGUGGCGGGCGGCUACUCGGCCUCGAUGCUGGAUGCUGUGAGGAGAGCUCUGGACUCGUCCAAGGUCUUGACCAUCCAGGACCCUGAACACGACACGCUCACUUUUGAGGAGGUGUUCAGACUGGCCACGCUGGGAGGCAGCCAAGCCUUGUCCCUGGAUGACCAAACAGGGAACUUUGAAGUGGGAAAAGACUUUGAUGCCCUGCGGGUGAAUGUUGCAGCUCCCGGUGGACCCAUUGACCUGAUCCAGGAUGAAAAACCAAAGGCUCUUUUGGAAAAGUUCUUGAAUUUGGGUGAUGAUCGUAACAUAGUAGAGGUGUUUGUUGCUGGGAGGAAGGUGGUACCAUUCACAGAGCCAACACCAGAGUAAACGCCUCAGUCCUCCACACACCUUCACUCGUCUCGUGGCCCGAAGCCCUCUGGGAAAGUCAGCUUGAAGAAGGUUCCUCUCCAGGCAUCGAUCAAACACCUAAAAACUCAUCUCAUUUCAUUUAGAAGCUUCAUUCCAUGGAAAAAAACUCCCUUCAUGUCUUAUACUGGCUUAUACUUGACCCUACAUCCCUGUUUGUGAGACUGUCAUUGUCCACUGCAGUUCCGAGGUGGAAAUGCUCAUACUCUGCGCUGACUUGAUUUUAGUUGGAGGGGGUCUUUAGCUACUCAAACUGAUGUAUAUCUGGGAGAAAAAAUAUGUGCGUCACAACACUGAUCAGCUGGAAACGCCCUGUUGUUGCACAGUCUUUGAUGCUAAAACAAACUACAUGGAAGUGAAUUAUCACCAGAAACAUUUCAUUGUGAAAUCCAAUGGAUGUAACAGAUGACGUGCUAUUAAUGAUGUUCAGUGAGGGCCAUGCAUGACUGAUCAGAUGAAUCAAUCUGUUCCGUAAGUCUUAAGAGGUGAUUACUGGGCUUCAGAACAGGAAAUAAGGAGCAUAUCAAAUGCUGUGAACAAUGUAGUUCUGUGUACUAAAACAUAUUCAUGCAUCAGCGUGAGCAGGAGAUAAUGACAUGUUAAUACAGGACUUUGUGUUGGUGACGUGGAGCUGCUGGGUGCUCAGUGGAGGUGAACUGAGUGCAGCUUGAUGAUCUCAUUUUCAUGCCGCUGUAGCAAGUAAAUGCUUAACGAUCAGACGACUGGACUGAACACUCCACUCAGGUGUUUUUAAAUGACAGAGGAUGAUUAUAUUAUAGUUAUAAUGUCCUCUUGACUUCGACUCAUUCAGUUUUUUUGCACAGUCUCAUGGAACAAAACUAGAAAAUUACCAUUCCAGUUACAGGACUGUUCUCUGUAUAAACCCAAAUUAGAUUUUGACAUUGUUUCUUAAUGUUUCACUGUGCUGGCACAAAUUCCACAUCCUGAUUUGAGUGGAAAGAGAAAGUGUUCUUAACCUCAGGUCUUAUUGUCACAAUCAGUUACCUCACAUGGUUUUACUGCUGAGAUUGUUGGUUUUAAGAUUGGCCCUAUAUGUAGUAUAUAUUUCUAUUAGCAUUACAAACUGACUUAUGAAUGUUAGGACAUUGCUGAA